GGCGCCCUCGUCUCCCUCCUCGGCCAGUGCGGCACUGCGGCGUACUGGUAAAAAAAAGGCACUCGGAGUAGCUUGGCUAGUGCUCCCCACCGCUCGCUUUCCCCCGCCGGAGACGGAGCCGGAGCGUCGGAUGCCAUGGGCAGCGGCGCGUCGCGGCUGCUCACCGCGUGCGCGUGCUCGCGGCCGGCGCCGGCGCCCGCGGACGACGGGCCGUGCCUGGACGACGCGCUCGGCCACUCCUUCUGCUAUGCUGCCAACUCCGCCGCCGCGGGCCACUCGUCUUCCUUCCGCCACGCCAUCUCCGGCGCCGCGCUCUCCGCCAACUCCUCUGUGCCCGUGCCGAUCUACCACUCGUCGUCCGCCGCCGGCGGCAUGCCGUCGCAGUACUCCUCCUUGUUCCAGACAUCCUCGUCCUUCUCCUCCGCGCCGCUGCAGCUUUCCAACCUCUCCUCGGGGCCGCUCUUCCUCUCUGGGCCCAUCGACCGCGGCGGGCAGCUCUCUGGCCCGCUUGACCAGGCCGUGCCCUUCUCCGGUCCGCUCCCAGCGAAGCCCGCCAAGCCCGCCCCCUCGUCGUCGUCGCGAGGCUUCUCGAGGCGGUUCCGGAAGCUGUCGCUCGGCAGCUUGCGGCGGAGCGUCUCAGAGAAGAAUCGGCCCUGCGUCGUGCCGCUCCGUCGCGAGGACGGUGUGCAGUGGGCGCACGGCCGCGCCGGCGAGGACCGCGUCCACGUGGUGGUCUCCGAGGACCAGCGUUGGCUCUUCGUCGGCAUCUACGACGGCUUCAACGGCCCCGAGGCCCCCGACUUCCUGGUCGCCAACCUCUACCGCUACCUGCUGCGCGAGCUCCGCGGGAUCUUCUACGAAGAGGCCGACCCGGACUCGAAGCGUCUGUGGCAAUUCCUGGCGGAUGGCGACGACGAGGACAGCGAGCUCGACUUCUCGGGCUCCGGCCGGUUCGCGCUGUCGCUCGCCAGGCUAAAGGAGCGGCGGCAUCCCAUAUGGGCCCACGCUGCUGCUGCUGGCGACGGUCAAAGCGGUAGGGAGUGGGGAGUUAAGAGGUUGACGGCCGCGCCGGCGGUGAGGGACCACAGUGCGGUACUGACCGCGCUCACCCGGGCGCUAGCUGCUACAGAGUCGGCGUACCUGGACAUGACCAACCAAUCGAUGGGAACCCACCCGGAGCUGGCGGUGACUGGUGCGUGCCUGCUUGUGGCCCUGUUGAGGGACGACGACGUGUAUGUAAUGAACCUUGGGGACAGCCGCGCAAUCGUUGCGCAGCGACGGGAUGACGAUGAUGAUUGUGUGCUUGGAACCAUGCGCGUGGAGGACAUUGGUGUGGGCUUGGAGAACGAGGCAAGGAUCCAUGGGUAUUCUGCGAUUGGGCUUGAGGCAUUGCAGCUGUCUACUGAUCAUAGCACAAGCAUUGAAGAGGAAGUGCAGAGGAUCAAACGUGAACAUCCAGAUGAUGAUCAAUGUAUUGUAAAUGACAGAGUUAAGGGCCGUCUAAAAGUUACCCGUGCAUUUGGGGCUGGGUAUCUCAAACAGGCAAAACUGAAUGACGGAUUGCUAGAGAUGUUUCGCAAUGAGUACAUAGGUGACACACCAUAUAUAUCAUGCACACCUUCUCUUUGCCAUCACAAGCUCUCCACAAGGGAUCAAUUUCUGGUUCUUUCUUCUGAUGGCUUAUAUCAGUAUUUGAGCAACGAGGAGGUAGUUCUACAUGUUGAGAAUUUCAUGGAGAGGUUUCCUGAGGGUGAUCCUGCACAGAGUUUAAUUGAGGAGCUACUCUCCCGUGCGGCAAAGAAAGCUGGUAUGGACUUUUACGAGCUAUUAGAUAUACCUCAAGGGGAUCGAAGAAAAUACCAUGAUGAUGUCACCAUCAUGGUUAUUUCUCUCGAAGGGAGAAUCUGGAAAUCCUCUGGAACAUAUGUGUGAUGUUCAGCUGAUACACUGUCAGUGUCGGUAUUCAUUCUGAUGCAAUGUUCAGCUGAAACCUCUUCAGCCGGUCAGCAUCUCAGGCAAUUGCAUAUAUGCUCGUCAAGAGAGAAAAGUCAGCAUGGCAUACCAAUAUAUGCAGUCCUCAUACACUUGUCAAAGCUGAAUUCUCCAGAUGGAGAUCAUCGCUGAUCCUGAUAUGAGCUUCGGCACAGCUCAUGCCCAUGGAUUAACUCCGAGAUGCAUUAACGUUGCAGAGAUAUGACAGCCCAGGUGGGGAGGAACUCCUUGGCAAAGCAGAGCCAAUUUUGCUUUGUUUGCCGCCACAGCUUUCGUCGGUUACGUACUCACCGCUGACAAUUUUUUCCACCUCGUUGUGCUGUCAUAGAGGUGGGUCAAUUCAUCCUUGGGGAAAGAAGACAUUUGGGUACAUGCAGUUUUUUUCUCAUUCAUGUCAGGAAUGAGUCUGUAUUAUAUCGAGGGAACUGGUCAAUGGUCAUGGCAGAGAUUGAUGAUUAGCAGCACCUUGUUUUGUCCCGAAGGUGGCUCUCCUUUGAGUCUUUGAUUGGUCAUAUAUAUCUGAGAUUGAGGUGUUGGUGGCCAUGAAAGGAAAUUGUGUGUAUCGCCUCCCGCAGCAAAAACCACUCAAUGCCUUCUCUCUUGGCAAGUUCCUUGCCUCAGAAAGGUUAUUAUCGGGAGUCCGGACUCUCUUCUCAUAGCGUGCAUGAAUGAAUUCAUAAUGAUUUUCUUUCA